AAAAAAAAAAAUAGUCAUAAAUAAAGUAAAUCAAAUUCUCACAGGUUAGCUUGACCUAUUCAUACCAAAAGGUAGAGCCAUGUCGGAGUAGUACUGAGAAAGUGUGUAAUGAACAGCUCGCAUUCCCUCUGCGUUUCUCUGUUGAAUAGUUGCAAAAGCUUAACGUCCCUCAAGCAAAUCCACGCAAAUGUACUCAAAAACGGCCUCGAUACCGAUCCUUUCGUCGCCGGAAAAUUACUCCUACACUGCACCAUCUCACUCUCCGAUUCUCUGGACUAUGCUUGCAGUCUGUUUCGCCACACUCCAAACCCAGAUGUUUUCAUGUACAACACCCUCAUCCGAGGCCUUGCCGAAUCUGAUAAGCCCCAAAAUUCUAUCUUCACAUUCGUUGAAAUGAGGAGAGAAUCACUUUUCACUCCUGAUAGCUUCUCUUUCGCUUUCAUUCUUAAAGCGGCUGCCAAUUUAAGGUCCUUGAGAACUGGAGUUCAAUUGCAUUGUCAAGCUUUGACUCAUGGAUUAAACACCCAUAUUUUUGUUGGGACAACUUUGAUAAGUAUGUAUGGGGAAUGUGGGUCUGUAGAAUUGUCGAGGAAUGUGUUCGAGGAAAUGCUUCAACCAAAUGUUGUUGCAUGGAAUGCAGUGAUCACUGCGUGCUUUAACGGUGGAGAUGUUAAGGGUGCGAAGCAAAUGUUUGAUCUUAUGCCCUUGAGGAACUUGACCUCGUGGAAUGUGAUGCUUGCAGGGUAUGUGAAAACAGGGGAACUAGAGCUUGCAAGGAAAAUGUUUGUGGAAAUGCCGGUGAAGGAUGAUGUAUCCUGGAGCACUAUGAUUGUUGGGUUUGCCCAUAAUGGGUGUUUUGAUGAGGCUUUUGAAUUUUUUAGGGAGUUGCAGAGGGAAGGGACAAGACCAAAUGAAGUAAGCUUGACAGGAGUGCUAUCAGCAUGUGCACAGGCAGGGGCAUUUGAGUUUGGGAAAAUAUUACAUGGGUUUAUUGUGAAAGCUGGGCUUGAUUGGAUUGUAUCAGUGAAUAACGCAUUACUGGAUACUUACUCCAAGUGUGGGAAUUUAUGUUUGGCUCAACUUGUCUUUGAACGUAUGCCAAAGAAAAAGAGCAUUGUUUCUUGGACUUCAAUGAUGGCAGGCUUUGCAAUGCAUGGUCAUGGGGAACAAGCAAUAAAGCUUUUCCAUGAAAUGGAAAGCUCUGGAACUAGGCCUGAUGGGAUCACCUUUAUUUUGCUCUUGUAUGCUUGUAGUCAUGCUGGAUUGGUCGAUCAAGGAUGUGAAUAUUUUAAUAAGAUGAUGGAUCAUUACGAUAUAAAACCAGCCAUUGAGCAUUAUGGUUGCAUGGUUGAUCUAUAUGGUCGAGCUGGUCAGCUACAGAAGGCUUGUGAAUUUGUAUACCAAAUGCCUAUUCCACCUAAUGAUGUUAUUUGGCGGACACUUCUUGGGGCCUGUAGCAUUCAUGGUGAUGUCAAAUUGGCUGAGCAGGUGAAGGAAAGGCUUUCUGAGCUCGACCCAAACAAUUCUAGCGACCACGUUCUAUUAUCAAACGUUUAUGCAGUGGCAGGGAAAUGGAAAGAUGUUGCUACCGUGAGAAGAUCAAUGAGCGACCAGAGAAUAAAGAAAACUCCUGGUUGGAGCAUGAUUGAAGUUGAUAAGGUCAUGUACACUUUUGUGGCAGGUGCAAAACAAGAUAAAAUUACUGAAGAGGCUUAUGAGAAGCUGAAGGAUGUAAUGUUCAGGCUUAGGGUUGAAGGAGGUUAUGCCCCAGAGAUUGGUUGUGUUUUACAUGAUAUAGAAGAGGAAGAAAAAGAAGAUUCAAUGUCUAUGCAUAGUGAAAAGCUUGCUGUGGCAUUUGGCAUAGCAAGAUUGCGUGAAGGGAAGACAAUAAGGGUAGUUAAGAAUUUGAGGAUUUGCAGGGACUGUCAUGUAGUAAUGAAAAUGAUUUCUCAGGUUUAUAAAUUGGAAAUUGUGGUCAGAGAUAGAAGCCGCUUUCACUCUUUCAUUGAUGGUUCUUGUUCUUGUGGAGAUUACUGGUAAUUAAUAUGUAAAGUUUCUUCCUUUUGUGUC